GCUUUCACGCCUGUACGUGCGCAGUUUGUGCCAUCACAGCAACGUGGUCGUGAUGUGGCUGUGUACAUCUUCCCGGACGAUCAUGACCUUUGCUAUGAAUGGUUCUGUCAGCUGCAACUGGUUGAUGGUGCCACAUAUCUGUACAUGUGCUGUGGCUGCAUAAUCUUCCGGUGCCUUCUUGCCAAUCCAAAACGACCGCAUUUUUGCGAGCCUCGUCUCACAACAAAAGCAACAGCACGUCGCCUUAUCAUCGGAAAAUGCAAUGAGUUGAGAGACGGUAACACCAGCCGACCAGCUGCACAGGAACUCGACGAGCUGCUGUUGAGGAUUUCGUCUGAAGAUUUCGGUGACUCCGAAACGGACUGGAUGUUACGGGGAAAAAGCAAGAAGAACCUAGUAAAUGAGGAAGGCCAAUCGCUCAUGAUUGCCAAUGCCACUGCCUCUACCAUUAGCAAUGACGAGAACCCAGAUGUCCUAUUCGAUACUGAUAAAAAGCCGCAAACGAACAGAGUAAAAAAAUACGUGUGCGUCAUUUGUGGAAAGUCUUGCGAGUAUUUACGCGGACAAAUUCCUCCAUUUAAUCCUCGUCACGUCUUGGUAUUGUUAGCGUCGAUGAUGACCUACAAAAACAUGAGCUUGGAUUCUGCUUUGAACAUCAACAAUGGGUGCUCGUUGAAGGAGAAGAUUAUUUGCAAGGCACAUUAUUUGGAAGCUGCUGCUCCUCUCCUUUCUAGAAUGGUGUCGACAACUGAUAAUAUUCCUUUCGAUACUAACUUGAACACUCUCCAUAUGAACGAAGAGAUGGUGACAGAAGACGUUGUGACGGAUCUCAACGAAAAGAUGGUUUUGUUAAAAAUUAAGGAGAAGUUGACUGCAAAAAAUGUUGCUCUCUUUUUGAACAAUACAAUUGCAUAUUGUGUCGGAAAGAGAGACAGGAGAGCAGAAAAGAGAGUUGGAACGACUGGAAUACUGAAGUCCAAUAAGGCGCCUAAAACGGAGCCAUCGAGCACGCCGCCUGAAAGUGAUUGCAUGGCAGAGUCUCUUCUUGAGGAAAGCUCAAUAGCGGUCCCAGAAAGUUCAUCCUCAACUGACGCUGCUGAUGAUACAGAACAGAUAAUUGUUGUGAGUUGUUUGCAAAUAUGUUGUAUUGAAGUUUGUUAG